GUCGCGAGCGGGGUAUAGCACGACCCUUUCGUCUACCAGAUAAAUUAAGUACUUGUUAAAAAUGUCGCUGAUCUCCGCUCGUUUGGCCUCCUCGGUGGCCAGGCGCUUGCCUAAUGCUGCCAACCAGGUAUCGAAGGUCGCCGUCCCCGCGGUGGCGGUGGCUUCCCGCAAGCUCCAUGUCUCUUGUCCACAAAGGGCUGCCGAAAUCUCCACAAUCCUGGAGGAGAGAAUCCUCGGUGCCGCACCCAAGGCCGAUUUAGAGGAAACUGGCCGUGUGCUGAGCAUCGGUGACGGUAUUGCCCGUGUGUAUGGUCUCAAGAACAUCCAGGCUGAGGAGAUGGUGGAAUUCUCCUCGGGUCUUAAGGGUAUGGCACUCAACUUGGAACCCGAUAACGUCGGUGUGGUCGUCUUCGGUAACGACAAGCUGAUUAAGGAAGGUGAUAUCGUGAAGCGUACAGGCGCCAUCGUAGACGUACCCGUCGGCGAACAGCUGCUCGGUCGCGUCGUGGACGCUCUGGGUAACCCCAUCGACGGCAAGGGCCCCAUUGGCACCAAGACGCGUAUGCGUGUCGGUAUCAAGGCCCCCGGUAUCAUCCCCCGUGUGUCCGUGCGCGAGCCUAUGCAGACUGGUAUUAAGGCCGUGGACUCGCUUGUACCAAUUGGUCGUGGGCAGCGUGAGUUGAUUAUUGGUGACCGUCAGACUGGUAAGACUGCCCUGGCCAUCGACACUAUUAUCAACCAGCAGCGUUUCAACAAGGGUGAAGAUGAGAAGAAAAAGCUGUACUGCAUCUAUGUUGCUAUUGGUCAAAAGAGAUCCACUGUCGCUCAGAUUGUGAAGAGGCUUACUGAUGCUGGUGCCAUCAACUACACAAUCAUUGUGUCUGCUACUGCCUCUGAUGCUGCCCCUCUACAGUACUUGGCUCCUUACUCUGGCUGUGCCAUGGGAGAGUUCUUCCGCGACAACGGCAAGCACGCCCUGAUCAUCUAUGACGAUCUUUCCAAGCAGGCUGUUGCUUACCGUCAGAUGUCUCUUCUGCUGCGUCGUCCCCCGGGUCGUGAGGCCUAUCCCGGUGAUGUGUUCUACCUCCACUCCCGUCUGCUCGAGCGUGCCGCCAAGAUGUCUGACAAGAUGGGUGGCGGUUCCCUUACUGCUCUCCCAGUUAUUGAGACCCAAGCUGGUGACGUAUCUGCCUACAUUCCCACCAACGUGAUCUCCAUCACUGAUGGCCAAAUCUUCUUGGAAACCGAGUUGUUCUACAAGGGUAUCCGACCAGCCAUCAACGUCGGUCUGUCUGUAUCCCGUGUAGGAUCAGCUGCUCAGACCAAGGCCAUGAAACAGGUAGCUGGCUCCAUGAAACUGGAGUUGGCUCAAUACCGUGAAGUUGCUGCUUUCGCCCAGUUCGGGUCAGAUUUGGACGCUGCUACUCAGCAACUGCUUAACCGUGGUAUGCGUCUUACUGAGCUGCUCAAGCAGGGACAGUAUGUCCCCAUGGCCAUUGAGGAACAGGUUGCCAUCAUCUACUGCGGUGUCCGUGGACAUCUCGACAAACUUGACCCCACCAAGAUCACAGCUUUCGAAAAGGAGUUCACCCAGCAUAUCAAGACUAGCCACCAGGGUUUGCUCAACACCAUCGCUAAGGAUGGCCAGAUCACGCCCGAAUCCGAUGCUGCAUUGAAGAAGAUUGUCACUGAUUUCCUUGCUACUUUCACUUCACAGUAAAGCACCUAGCAACGACGAAUUUGCUUUAGAAUUGUACAAGUGAAUGCAAAAUAAGUAAUUCAUUGUACAAUUUUAAGGCAAGAGUAAAUAUUAAGUGACCAUUAAUUGAAGCAUUCAAUUAAAUCAAAAGUACAAUGCUUAAAUCAGUGGUCUAGUAGUGGUCAUUCGUAAGGACUGUAUUGAAUGUGGAUAUAAUCAUGGAAUGUAUUUAUCUUUUGGAGUCAGCAGUGGUUAUAUAUAAAUAAAAUUAUUAUUUA